GAGGUGGAGGAGGAAGAAGAAGGAGCAUCAGAAAGCAUUUAGAGUGCGUUAUUGUUCCAGUCCUGUGUUGGAGAUGAGAGAGAACUUUGCGUAAUUGAGAUGCGCUUCAGGAGCACAAGGACUGGAACCCAAUCCCCAGGAUGAAUAGAAAGGCAUUUUUUCACAGCCUGACGUUAUUGUGCUUAUUUCUACUCGGUUUUAAUGCGUUGGCCAAAGAAUGCGAAUUUGGGUGCAAUCCUGACCACGGGGUUUGUGAAAAUGGAGAGUGCAGGUGCAACCCCGGCUGGAAGGGUGCGACGUGCGACCAGUGCCUUCCUUUCCCUGGUUGCGUUCAUGGAACAUGUGAAAAAGCAUGGCAGUGUGUGUGCGAGCAGGGUUGGGUGGGCAGGCGAUGUGACCAAGACAGCCAUCUGUGUUCGUCAAAGCCCUGCUCUGGCAAUUCAACCUGCAUUGAAACAGAAGAGGGAGGAUAUCUUUGUAUCUGUCCUCUUGGAUUCACAGGCAAAAGAUGCCAGCUGAAGAAAGGACAGUGUGUAAUAAACGGUUCUCCAUGCCAGAACGGAGGAACUUGUGUAGACAGCGAUGGCCCCCUGUCUUGCCUCUGUCCUCCCGGAUUCGCUGGGGCGUUCUGCGAGAUAGACGUCGAUGCCUGUGAGUCCAAUCCCUGUCAAAACAGUGGAACAUGCAUCGGUCGUGGACUCGUCUACGCCUGCGUUUGUCCUCCUGCGUUCUCUGGACCCAUCUGUAACAUCAGCCUGGCUUUGUGCUCUAACACCACCUGUAGCAACGGUGCUACCUGCUUACCCGAUACCAGCGGAGGAACCCGAUGUAUCUGCCCGUGGUGGUUAACAGGGCCUCUGUGUGACGUCCACAUCCGAACGAAAACCAAGUCUAAACCACUGAACAUAAGCCAUUCCUCACAGAUUGCUCAUCCUUUCAACAGACUCUUGAGACACCCUGAGCACAAGGUCCUAAAGUUCACCAUGAAAGAUUCUGUGCAUGCGUCUUCUCUGCUGGUCACACGCAGCCAAGUCAUCUGCUUUGCUAUUUUGGGGCUGCUCACCUGCCUGGUGGUCUUGGGGACCACGAGCAUCAUCUAUUUCAAUCGCUGCGAGACGUGGAUGGCGAACACCAAGUACACCAAGCUGAUGCGCAAACAGAGAGACUUCCUCCUAAGAACCAGUGACACAGAGCAUUCGGUACACAUCAUCAUACCUGAGAAAAUACAACUGACCAAUUACAGGAAGAACUACACCACGAUAUAACAGUUGGAACAUCAGACACUUGUUCUUGGUGUUUUGUGAGUAAAAAAACAACUGUCACUAUUGUUUGUUGAAUGGGUGUAGUACAGGAAUUCCGGUAUUUGGGAAAAAAUAUGAAUUUCUCGGUUCUAUGAGUAGAUUUUAUGUAGAUAAUAUAUUAUGGUUGCACACAAUAAUCACAAUUGCUUGUUUUGCUUUGUCUAAAUAAAAACAGCCCUCCAUAUUAGCCCUAACAAUUUUAAAAGUGUUGUAUUUAAAAAAAAUAUAUAUUAUUAGUGAUCCAUUACCACAUCUGAAUAGUAGUUAUAAAAGGCAGACUUGGAUUUGGGUAUUAAAACGCAGAAUUUGUAAAAAUUUGGCAACAAAGACAUUUAGACAAACGAUUGAAAUGACAGAAAGAAGCAUCUUAGUACAACAUAAUCCAAAGGAGUCCAUACCAUUUUAUUAUAGUCUUAAAAAAAAGUGGUGAAUAAAAGCUGUUGGAAUACAAGAUAUAAAACCAACCAUCGAUUAAAAAAAAUACAUUUUUGUGCUGAUAAUACACACUUCCAGUCAAUCCAUCUGAACAAUCCAGAUAUAUAUUUUUAAUUGUUUUCAAAAAGUCAAGAUUAAAGAUAUAUCAAAUAUCAUUUAUUUCAGAAUAGAACAAAAUACACAUCCAUAUUUACAUUGAGAUUCUUUAUUAUAUAGUAUUACAUAUUAUAUAUCGCGACAAAGGUAUUGGGACACCUGAGUUUUCUAGCCAUAUGUGGUUCUUUUCCAAACUGUUACCACAAAGUUGGAGACACACAAUUAUAUCAGACGUCUUUGGAUGCAGUAGCAUGAAAUUCUCCCUUCGCUUGAACUAGAAGACUCAAACUUCCAACUUCCAGCAUUAUAAUUAAACCUGUGUACAAAGCCAGCUCCAUGAAGAUAUGUUUUAUAUAAGUUAGAAUGGAAGAUCGACUGCUAUAGAGCUCUAACCUCAACCUUGCUGAAUCCCUUGGGGAUGAAUUGGAAUGCGCACCACACCUAAUGCCCUUGUGGCUGUAUGUGUGCAAAUCUCUAGAAGAUCUAGUGGAACAUCUUCUCAGAAGACCCAAUGUGGAAUAGGAUGUUAAAAUAAAACAUGAGGUGUUCACAAACCUUUGUCCAUAUAUAUAUA